CCGCUAGUGUUUGUUGACCUUUUUACCCGCGUUUUAUGAAGAAAGAGGAGGAUAGUUUAGUAAUUUGAAGAACUAGGGUUUUUCUUAUAACCACAAAGCCCCCUCCUUCAAUCUCUUUCUCUCAAACCCUAGCAUCUGUGUGGAGGUUUGGACUCCUGAGGCGGAGAAGAGCUUAGAAUCCUUUCUCUGCAAAAAUGGGGAUUUCUCGUGAUUCGAUGCAUAAGAGGCGUGCCACUGGUGGCAAGAAGAAAGCUUGGAGGAAGAAGAGAAAGUAUGAGCUUGGAAGGCAGCCUGCAAACACAAAACUGUCUAGCAACAAGACAGUCAGGAGAGUUAGGGUUAGAGGUGGAAAUGUGAAGUGGCGUGCUCUGAGGCUUGACACUGGAAACUACUCAUGGGGUAGUGAGGCUGUUACUCGGAAGACCAGGAUUCUUGAUGUGGUGUACAAUGCAUCUAACAAUGAGCUGGUCCGUACUCAAACCUUGGUGAAGAGUGCCAUCGUUCAAGUUGAUGCUGCACCUUUCAAGCAGUGGUAUCUUCAGCACUAUGGGGUUGACAUUGGGCGCAAGAAGAAAAUUGCAGCUGCCAAGAAAGAAGGAGAGGAAGGUGAAGCCACUACUGAGGAGGUGAAGAAGAGCAAUCACGUCUUGAGAAAGCUGGAGAAGAGACAGCAGGCUCGCAAGCUUGACCCUCAUAUUGAAGAUCAAUUUGGUGGUGGUCGUCUAUUAGCUUGUAUCUCAUCGCGCCCUGGUCAAUGUGGUCGUGCUGAUGGGUACAUCUUGGAGGGUAAAGAGCUGGAAUUUUACAUGAAGAAAAUCCAGAGGAAGAAGGGCAAAGGAGCUGCCUAAAAUUGUGUUAUCUGAGCCUCAUAUUCGGAUCAGAGACUUCUUUCUCCACCUUUUUAAGUUAUUGAACGGCAUUCUUCACCUUAUUAUUUUCCUUCUAUUUGGACAUUGAUUUUUUUCAUGAGAUGAGCAACUAAGCUUGUAGCACCAACUAGUUUUACUGUUUAAUUCGUAGUUAGAAACCAAUUGUUGCUUUUGGUUUACGGGAUUUUAUUUGGAAUUUGAUGGUAAUGGAAAUUAUCAAGUUAUGUGA